AUGUACUCCGACCGCGAUGGAACUGCCACCAAGCAGUCUCAAAUGGUAUACGACAGGCAGAUGCGGCUUCUCCGCCUUGCCGUCGGCGUGCUUUCUUCAAUUGGCUUUGGUGCCGUAACCAUUGGCGGAGAGUACAGCCGCACUGCUCUUGAACAGCUGAUGGACUCUACUUGGAAAGUCAAUAGGCAUCUCGCUGGGCCGUUGCUUUGGCCCAUUCUAUGGAUUCACUGCAUUGUCUUCUGUGUGCGGGAAGACCCUAUUUCUGCAUAUCAUUCAGCUCUACGCGGUGUGAUGCUCUCAUCACUACUGAUACUAUCUCCACUGCUCGCCAAGUUACCGGGCGGAGAAGCUAGGGAUGUCAACUCACUCGUGCAGCUUCAACUUGUCUGUGCCUUCCUUCUCCUCGUGUCUCAGCUUCUAGUUCCACGUCGGCCUCAGCUUUUCAAUGGUGAAAAGCGCGCUGUUGAUGCCGAAGGCAGCUCCUCUGCACUAGUGCGAUAUUCGAUGAUCUGGUGCCAUCUCCCGCUAGACAUUGCGAGCAAGUCAGAUGUGCUAAGCGCAAUGCCCUUGUUGAACUAUGAAACGAGAGCAUCAAACCAAUCUAUCAUUACCGUGCCGUCGUCCAAGCCGUAUGUUUGGCGUCGAAUUCUUAUCGAACGCCUUCCCCUCUUCGUCAAGCAGUACGUUGUCGUCUUUAUACGUGCUGCAUUUAGCUUUGGAUCACCCUACUGCAUGGAACAUCUUCUAAAAUGCCUCGAAAGCUCGGGAGAUAGGCCUAGUGAGGUGUGGCUCUGGUUCCUCGGUAUGGGAGCUUCCGCUAUUGCCGAAACUGUUGCCAGCCAUCACAUAGCUUGGACCCAGAUGUCAGAAAUAGCCAUCCCUGUCAGAGCACAACUAAUAGCCUCCAUCUUCCAUAAGCUAUUGCACAGAAAAGACUCCAAAGAACAGACAGCUGUGUCCAAGUCAACGUCUCAAGUCCCAGACGUCAUCAAUGUUGUCUCGGCCGACUCACACGCGCUUUCAUUUUACGCGGCUAUCGCUUACAUUAUUGCGUCCCGACUGCUGAAAUUCAUUUUUGCUGCUUUGUUCCUGUACCGGCUUCUUGGGUGGCAAAGUACAAUCGCUGCUGUUAUCGCGACCUUGGCAUGCUUUUCUGCCCAUCGUUCCACCGUCAAGCGGACCACCGCGGCUCGGAGAAAGGUGCGGUUGUCUCAGGAUCGCACCACGGCUGUCUUGAGAGAAGCCUUUUCCUCAAUUCGCGAGAUCAAAUUUUCUUCCCUGGAAUCCCAAUGGGAAAGCCACAUCGAGGCUGUCCGUCAGCAAGAACUCUGCGAUUUGAGCUGCAUUCGGACUGCCGUAACCAUUCGUGGCAUUUGGGAUACGGCUGCUCCGUUCGUGGUGCUCCUUUCCGCGCUUUGCACAUAUAUAUACGUUGGCGGAAAUGUUACCACUUCUACCAUAUUUCCAAUGAUUACUGUGCUGCAUGAGCUCCAGGACACAUUGAGUUUCCUUCCCACAGCGUUGAACGACUACUUCCACUCCGCCGACACCUCCGGUCGCAUCGACAAAUAUUUGGCAUGCUCUGAAAGACCAUUGCUUGUGCGGCCAUCUCCUUCUGGAAACAUCAUUUUUGAACACGCUACGAUUGCGUGGCCUUCAGAAGAUGUCCGUGAGAUUGUUGGUGACCGUGAAACAAAAAGGGCCCUCGACAAAUUUGUACUCCAGAACCUGAAUAUGGAAUUUCCAUUUGGAGAACUGAGCAUCGUGUCUGGCAAGACAGGUGCGGGCAAAUCUCUAUUGCUCGCAGGCAUUCUCGACGAGGCUGAACUUCUUCAAGGUCACAUCAGAGCGCCUACCCCCACAGGCUGCUCCGAAUCAAUUGCAUACGUGGCGCAAGUGCCUUGGUUGCAGAGUGGAACAAUACAAGAGAAUAUCCUAUUUGGUAGCCCGCUGGAUCGGGGAAGAUAUCAUCGGGUGGUGGCCGCGUGCGCGCUGCUUUCCGAUUUCAAGACUCUUGCCGAGGGAGACCAGACGAGUAUCGGCCAGCGAGGUGUCAAGCUCAGCGGAGGCCAGCGCAUACGUGUCAGCUUUGCCCGAGCGCUCUACUCUUCUUCCAGAACAUUGAUUCUCGACGAUAUAUUUUCUGCUCUUGACACGCAUGUGUCGAAAGAUAUUCUGGGCGCUUUGGCCGGUGAGCUCUGCAAAGGUCGAACGAGAAUCUUAGUGACACACCAUGUCUCACUGUGCUUGCCUUAUGCCACAUAUCUUGUUCACUUGGAGAACAACACGGCUUUAUACUCUGGGGUGCCAGAAGCUAGACCGGAAAGCAUGCGGUAUUUGGAGACAGAAACGAAGAAUAUACCCACUUCAGGGCUGGAAGCAGGAUUGUCUUCCUCGAGCGGCACCGAUAUGAUCCCCAAGGUUGCCACUGGGAACGCAGCUCACAUCAAAUUAGCUUCAAAAAGCCUGUUGCAUCCUUACAGGAGCUAUUUCAUCGCUGCUGGUGGCCUUCGGUUUGGAGUCGUCUUUGCAUUCUGGUCGACUGCGAGUCGGUUAUUGAACGCGCUCACAUCGUACCUGUUGGGCUGCAUCAAGUCGCAUGGGCUACCAAUGUCUCAUCCAUCCGGGUUUUCCACAGCUAAAGCAGAUCCUGAGUUUUUCCACAGCAUUGCUCUCUAUCUUGGUGCUGUUGUGUUGGUCAUUAUUACAACAUCGCUCUCAAAACUUCACACAGAUGCUGCGACGCUGCGUGCGGCCAGAGUGUUGUUCCGCCGAAUGGCAUUCACAACACUCCGAAUGCCACUCACAUGGCUUGACGCAACACCUUCCGGAGCAGUUCUGAAAGCUUUCGCGAUCGAUGCACGAUCUGUUGACGAGGCGGCCCUUGCCAGUCUAGCGUCAUUUACCGACAGCUUCAUGAAGAUUCUUACGGCAAUUUGUAUCGGUUUGUACACUUCCAGAUACACGAGUAUAGCGACAAUUCUGCUGGUGAGCUGGUGUAAACAGCUUGUGUCACGCUACAAGAAAGCCGGUGCUAUGGUGAAACGCACAGACGGAGGGCCGAUGGCCGACAUUCUCGAGCAUAUUGCGACUACAUCUGCCGGUAUAGCCACUAUCAGAGCAUUCGGCACCAGUGAUAUGUGCGUCGAAGUCAUGCAGCGUUAUAUUGACGCGGAGUCAACGGCGAAGCGACACUUUUAUCUCUUCCAACGUUGGCUAUCACUACACAUGAGCCUAGCGGGUAUCAUGUUUGCCAUGAUCACGGGAAGUUUCCUUCUCUGUUCCGAGUCUGCGAACAAUGUGACCCGCAUCGGCUUCACGUUGACAUUUGCCAUGGAACUCAGCCACAUGAUCAAUGUCGCGUUCAGCAGAUUUGGCGCCCUCGAAUUAAGUAUGACUGCCAUAUCAUCCGUUGUUCGGCUUACGGAACUCGAGAUAGAGGAUCAGAGCGGCAACGAGGUUGCCGCUGAUUGGCCGUCAGAGGGUCAGAUUGCCGUGCGGGAUCUAGAAGUUCGCUACGCUGCUAGUCUUCCUCCAGUCUUGAAGUCGAUAUCUUUUCACGUUCGAUCUGGCGAAAGGAUUGGAAUUAUCGGUCGCACCGGCUCUGGCAAGUCAUCAUUGACGCUGUCGCUACUCCGGCUACUUGACACUCAAAAUGGGAGCGUCAGCAUCGAUGACAUUGACAUUUCUACCAUCAAAGUGAGAGAUCUACGUUCGAGAAUCGGCUUUAUUCCUCAAGCUCCAACACUUUUCGGCGGCACCGUACGAUCCAACAUGGACUACUUUGAGCAGUUGUCCGAUGACAAAAUUAAUAACGCACUGCGGCAUGUUGGGCUUCUGGCGGAGGAGAGCGACACAAAUCCUGGCCGCUGUACAGCCCAGUCACAGAUUGCUGUAGGCGGCGCAAACAUGUCGCAAGGGCAGAAGCAACUGCUUUGUCUAGCACGGAUUAUACUCAGAGACCCGAAAAUUAUCAUUCUUGACGAGGCGACAUCAGCUGUGGAUAGCGAGACAGACGCAAUGAUCCAGCAAGUCAUCCGGACGCUAUUUCGCAAUACAAUACUUGUGGUAGCACAUCGAUUGGAGACAAUUGUGUCAUUUGACAGAAUUUUGGUUAUUAGAGAUGGUGCUUUGGUCGAAGAUGGGACUCCAGCACACCUCUUUAGCCGCAAUGGAGCCUUCCAUGAUAUGGUUCAAGAAAGCCAAAACAGUGAUUUCUUGAAGAAAAAAAUUAUGAAUAAAUAG